GGAAAACUGGGAAUUUUGUGAGGGAAAACGGGGGAUUUCCCCCCUCGGAGCCUCCCAGUAAUCCCAGUUUGCCCAGUAACAACAUGCUGUACCCCAAGGAGGACAAGGAGAACCGGAUCCUGCUCUAUGCCUGCAGGAACUGCGAUUACCAGCAGGAGGCCGACAACAGCUGCAUCUACGUCAACAAGAUCACGCACGAAGUGGACGAGCUGACCCAAAUCAUCGCUGACGUGUCCCAGGACCCCACCCUGCCCCGAACCGAGGAUCACCCCUGCCAGAAGUGA